ACUAAUGAUAAAAUAAGUGUUUUCAAAUUCAUUACCAAAAAAACAAAUGUUUGGUCCAAAAACAUGAGCGAGUCUUCUCUCAUUUCUUUUCAAUUAAUGUUUUACCUUUUUCUAUUUUCAGCACAGAGUGAUGUGAAUGCCAUGGUUCCUAUUCGUUAUUUUCGUAAAAGAGCGUGGAAAAUUGUUCAUGACGUCAUAAGAUGUGACGUCAAUUUUUCUACGGCUGCUUUCGUUAUCGUUGUCAUGUUCUUUCUCGUGAACAGCACGGUGAAUAUGUACAAAUCGCCAACUGUGAUGACAAAUUUAGAUAAUAUGAAAAUAGACAUCGGCGAGCUCCAAAAAGAUACUUCUAAUACAAUUCUUAUUGAACAAAACGACGGCGAAAUUUAUGUAGCGUUUCGCCUAAGAGACACGGCGAAGAUUGUAAAAGACGUUCGGGGUGGAAAGAUCCUGCUGAGAAGAACAAAAAAUGCAGAAAAUCUGCAAUCGAAAGAAGAAGCGGAUCUUCGAAAUGAAACAAAAAAUGAAUCCACAGAGAUUGUUCAACCGACAUUCCCUGUGACUCUUUUAGACGACAUGUAUAAUAUAAAUAAUAGAUUAGUGUGCUCAUCAAGUAAAGAGUUAUCAUUCUUAGUUGUUGUUCACUCAGCCACUGUUCAUUUCAUGCGUCGUUCUUCCAUCAGGGAAACUUGGGCGAACCAUAGGUUGUUUAGCAACCACAGCAUGAGAAUUAUCUUCCUACUUGGGAUGCCAGAGAAAGAGACUACUCAGACGCUCAUUGAACAUGAGACAAUUCUGUAUAAAGACAUUGUGCAAGGAAAGUUUGUGGACUCGUACAAAAAUCUAACACACAAAGGUGUUUUAGGUCUGCGGUGGAUAACAGAAAACUGUAAACAGGCACGUUUUAUAAUCAAAGUAGACGAUGAUGUGUUCUUAAAUGUGUUUAAAGUCUUAGAAAAAGUUGAAACGGAGUUCAGGAACAAAACCCGAAAUAUAUGGUGUCCCGUCCGUAAGAAAGGUACUAGUGAAAUUCAACGCAAGUCGGGGAAGUGGAAAGUAGAUGAAAGAGAAUUUAAGAAUAUGACCCACUUCCCUGUGACCUACUGCAAUGGUUUUAUCAGUAUAAUUACAAGUGAUAUCAUACCAGAACUGUUCGAAGCUGCUCGGACUACUCCAUUCUUCUGGGUUGAUGAUGUGUACUUGUUCGGGCUCCUACCGGACAAAAUUGGUGGCGUGAAGCACGAAGGCUUGCCACACCUGAAUCUCAAUGAAAACGAUGCAAUCAAAUGUUUUGAGAACACAAACAAGACUUGUCCUCUGCUGGUGGCAAACGCGCACUCCGAUGGGGUGAUGGACAAACUGUGGUACAGGGCCAUAGACCAAUACAAAACCCUGGCUAAGAAAUACUCACAUAAGUUUCUGUUUAAUGUAUAGAAUAUAUUAUUGACGUGUUGAAGUUGAUAUAUAUGUAUAUAUAUAUUUAAUAUAAUAUUUAA